AUGGAGGCCCCGUAUUCCAUGACGGCGCACUACGACGAGUUCCAGGAGGUCAAGUACAUGAGCCGCUGCGGCGUGGGGGGCUCGCGCGGGGCCUCCUUGCCCCCCGGCUUCCCUCUGGGCGCAGGGCGCAGCGCCACCGGGGCCCGGGCCGGGCUUCCGCGCUGGAACCGGCGCGAGGUGUGCCUGCUGUCGGGGCUGGUGUUCGCCGCCGGCCUGUGCGCCAUCCUGGCCGCCAUGCUGGCGCUCAAGUACCUGGGCCCGAGCGCUGCGGGUGGCGGCGCUUGUCCCGAGGGCUGCCCCGAGCGCAAGGCCUUUGCGCGCGCCGCCCGCUUCCUGGCCGCCAACCUGGACGCCAGCAUCGACCCGUGCCAGGACUUCUACUCGUUCGCGUGCGGCGGCUGGCUGCGGCGCCACGCCAUCCCCGACGACAAGCUCACCCAUGGCACCAUCGCGGCCAUCGCGGAGCCGCGGGAGCCACAGUUUUCCAGCCCUCCUGCAGGCGGUGAGGGCGCAGAGGGAGGGAUUGACCAGGAUGGGCUCACCCUGCCAGAGAGAACCCUGUACCUAGCUCAGGAUGAGGAGAGCGAGAAGAUCCUGGCAGCUUACAGGGUGUUCAUGGAGCGUGUGCUCAGUCUCCUGGGUGCUGAUGCUGUGGAGCAGAAGGCCCAGGAGAUCCUACAGCUGGAGCAGCGCCUGGCCAAUAUCACAGUGUCAGAGUAUGAUGACUUACGGCGAGAUGUCAGUUCCAUGUACAACAAGGUGACGCUUGGGCAGCUGCAGAAGAUCACCCCCCAUCUGCGGUGGAAGUGGCUGCUGGACCAGAUCUUCCAGGAGGACUUCUCGGAGGACGAGGAGGUGGUGCUGCUGGCCACGGACUACAUGCAGCAGGUGUCCCAGCUCAUUCGCUCCACACCCCACAGGAUUCUGCAUAACUAUCUGGUGUGGCGUGUGGUUGUGGUCCUGAGUGAGCACCUGUCAUCGCCAUUCCGUGAGGCACUGCAUGAGCUGGCACGCGAAAUGGAGGGCAGUGACAAGCCACAGGAGCUGGCCCGGGUCUGCCUGGGUCAGGCUAACCGCCACUUUGGAAUGGCACUCGGAGCUCUCUUUGUACAUGAGCACUUCUCAGCCUCCAGCAAAGCCAAGGUGCAGCAGCUGGUGGAAGAUAUCAAGUACAUCCUGGGCCAGCGCCUAGAGGAGCUGGAUUGGAUGGACGCUGAGACCAGGGCAGCUGCCCGGGCCAAGCUUCAGUACAUGAUGGUGAUGGUUGGCUACCCGGACUUCCUGCUCAAACCUGAGGCUGUAGACAAGGAAUAUGAGUUUGAGGUCCAUGAGAAGACCUACUUCAAGAACAUCCUAAACAGCAUCCGCUUCAGCAUCCAGCUCUCAGUCAAGAAGAUUCGGCAGGAGGUGGACAAGUCCACGUGGCUGCUUCCCCCACAGGCGCUCAAUGCCUACUAUCUACCCAACAAGAACCAGAUGGUGUUUCCUGCGGGUAUCCUGCAGCCCACCCUGUAUGACCCUGACUUCCCACAGUCUCUGAACUACGGGGGCAUCGGCACCAUCAUUGGACAUGAGCUGACCCAUGGCUACGAUGACUGGGGGGGCCAGUAUGACCGCUCUGGGAACCUGCUGCACUGGUGGACGGAGGCCUCCUACAGUCGCUUCCUGCGCAAAGCCGAGUGCAUUGUCCGCCUCUAUGACAACUUCACCGUUUAUAACCAGCGGGUGAAUGGGAAGCACACACUUGGGGAGAACAUCGCAGACAUGGGUGGCCUCAAGCUUGCCUACUAUGCCUAUCAGAAGUGGGUGCGAGAGCAUGGCCCAGAGCACCCGCUGCACCGGCUCAAGUACACACACAACCAACUCUUCUUCAUUGCCUUUGCCCAGAACUGGUGCAUCAAGCGGCGCUCGCAGUCCAUCUACCUUCAGGUGUUGACCGACAAGCAUGCACCUGAGCACUACAGGGUACUGGGCAGUGUAUCCCAAUUUGAGGAGUUUGGCCGGGCCUUCCACUGUCCCAAGGACUCGCCCAUGAACCCUGCUCACAAGUGCUCUGUGUGGUGAGCCUAGCUACCUGCCUGCACGCCCCUACCGCCCCGCACGAAUUGCCUCCUGCCAGCUGCCGGGGCAGGCAUGCACCCGGUGCCGGCCCUGCUCUGGUGCCACCUGCCUUCCCAGCCCCUCCAGGACCCACCCUUCUGCUGUCCCUCAUUUCAGGAGGGGCCUGGAGCAGGGGUGGGGCUAGACUCGGGGGGUUGUGGGGGAGAGAGUUCCCCAGAUUUGGCUCUAAGGGGGCCAGACCCUCUGCCAGGCUGGAUUGUACAGGCCCCAACUUCGCUGUGUUCUUGCUGCUAAGUCUCGUCAAUAAAUCACUGUACUGUU